GCAGGGCUGGCGGCCGUGGUGGGCUUCCUCAUCGUCUUCACCGUGGUGGGCAACGUGCUGGUGGUGAUCGCCGUGCUGACCAGCCGGGCGCUGCGCGCGCCACAGAACCUCUUCCUGGUGUCGCUGGCCUCGGCCGACAUCCUGGUGGCCACGCUAGUCAUGCCCUUCUCGCUGGCCAACGAGCUAAUGGCCUACUGGUACUUCGGGCAGGUGUGGUGCGGCGUGUACCUGGCGCUCGAUGUGCUGUUUUGCACCUCGUCGAUCGUGCACCUGUGUGCCAUCAGCCUGGACCGCUACUGGUCGGUGACGCAGGCCGUCGAGUACAACCUGAAGCGCACGCCACGCCGCGUCAAGGCCACCAUCGUGGCCGUGUGGCUCAUCUCGGCCGUCAUCUCCUUCCCGCCGCUGGUCUCGCUCUACCGCCAGCCCGACGGCGCCGCCUACCCGCAGUGCGGCCUCAACGACGAGACCUGGUACAUCCUGUCCUCCUGCAUCGGCUCCUUCUUCGCGCCCUGCCUCAUCAUGGGCCUGGUCUACGCGCGCAUCUACCGCGUGGCCAAGCUGCGCACGCGCACGCUCAGCGAGAAGCGCGCCCCCGUGCGCAGCAGCGUGUGCCGCCGCAAGGUGGCCCAGGCGCGCGAGAAGCGCUUCACCUUCGUGCUGGCCGUGGUCAUGGGCGUGUUCGUGCUCUGCUGGUUCCCCUUCUUCUUCAGCUACAGCCUGUACGGUAUCUGCCGCGAGGCCUGCCAGGUGCCCGUCCCGCUCUUCAAGUUCUUCUUCUGGAUCGGCUACUGCAACAGCUCGCUGAACCCGGUCAUCUACACGGUCUUCAACCAGGACUUCCGGCGGUCCUUCAAGCACAUCCUCUUCCGACGGAGGAGAAGGGGCUUCAGGCAGUGACUCGCGCCCGUCUGGGGAUCCUGGACAGCUCCACGCUCAGGGCUGGGCAGAAAGGGCGGCCCAGACGGGAGCUUUCCCAGAGACCCGGGGAUGGAUUGGCCUCCAGGGCGCAGGGGAGGGUGCGGCAGGGCAGGAGCUUGGCAGAGAGAUAGCUGGGCUCCGGGGAGUGGGGAGGAGAGAGGGGGAGACCCCUUUGCCUUCCCGCCUCAGCAAGGGGCUGCUUCUGGGGCUCCCUGCCUGGAUCCAGCUCUGGGGGCCCUGCCGAGGUGUGGCUGUGAGGUCAGGGUUUUAGAGAGCAGUGGCAGAGGUAGCUUCCUAAAUGGGCGAGCAAGGAGCCCCCCGAAACACACUACCACUCCCCAUCCCCGUCUGACCAAGGGCUGACUUCUCCAGGACCUAGUCGGGGGGUGGCUGCCAGGGGGCAAGGAGAAAGCACCGACAAUCUUUGAUUACUGAAAGUAUUUAAAUGUUUGCCAAAAACAACAGCCAAACCACCAAACUAUUUUCUAAAUAAACCUUUGUAAUCUAA